AUGGGUCGUAGUUCUCUUAACCUUCUUAUCCCGGCACGCUUCUUGCUGACCGUGGGUCAUCUUGUUUCUGUUUUAACGAUGGUUCAUACGCGAAAAGAGAAUCUCUCUUCUGCGGUCUCCGCUGAUCCCAAGGAUGCCCAAAAAGAGGUAGACUUGUGAAGCAGCCCAGCAUCUAAUUUAUUACUGUAGUUCAUGAUGGCAUAUGCAAUCUGCCUGGUGUGUUUCGCCGUUGAUGUGCUGGGAAUUCUUAUGGGCACAUCCCUAUUCUUCCCCAAGGCAAACCUUCUUCAAAUUAUCUGCCACUUCGUGGGUAGCUGUUUUAUAACAUCUAUGAUUACCCAAUCCUGGCAAUAUCAGUAUAUCUGGUGCGAUCCGCAAUAAAAAUGUUUUCACAUUCAUAGAAUGCUUAGGUUUUCUAUUGCCACUUGCAACAUACCCUGCGCACUCUGUGAAGUUAGCAUCCUGAUUGGGACUUUCGCAUUAAAAGUUGUUGUCUUCUAGACCAGUGACGGAGUUAAUGCAGUUUCAGGUCCCUAUCCGAGUGGCUGAUCACGGGCUUGGUCCAACGAGCGAGAUAAAGAGACUACCCAGGCAUCUACGAGCGGGCCUGGGUGAGCCUGCCAGUGAGGAGCAUUUUAUUCAAAAGUACAAUUUUAAGUUUUGCUACAUCGCCUGGCUUGCCGCCGCUUACGCCUGGCUCACAGCGUAAGUGAUCUGCGCCGCAAUGCUCUGCGGCUAGAGUUAGUUGAGCCUGAGAUCAGCGAGUCGGCGGGGGACACCAGACUAGGAUUGCUCCAUAGCGAAUAUAAACAUGCCAGUGUGGCCUGGGGGGGAAGCCACUAAGUUGCCAUUAACCGGUUAAUAACCGGUAAUUUACCUAUUAUUACCCCUGAAGGGGAUCCGGGG